GUUUUCUUUUAAGUUUAAAAGUAAACUAGUUUUCAAAAUUCAUUUAACAACUCAUAUUCUAUUUGUACUUUUUCGUAUUUGUAUUGACUUUUGCUAGAGUCGCCAUCUAGUGAAGGUGCUUUUUAGAGCUUUCGUUUUAUUUUUAUAAUUACGUCAGAAAUAAAAUUAGAAUGAAUAUCAUAGACAAGAUCCAAACAUCGCUAGUGACAUCUAGUUUGAGUUCAAGAAUUAUUUUUUAUUUUUUAAAUACUUCCUAUUUGUCAGUUACAAAAUGUUGUUGGUUGGUUAAUUUUUUGGUUUUGUUUUUAAUUUAAAUAAUAUCCAAUUAUCACUGAGUCUGUAAUGUGACAUGGAUAAAGAAAUUUAACUCCGAGAAUUGAAAAAAAAAAUGGUUUUUUAUUUUUAUUCGGUACUUGAAAGUUAGAUUUUAAGCUAAAUAUAUUUUAUUUUAAGUCAAGAUGAUUUGAUUAAAGUGGCGAUUUAUUCAUUUUACCAAGAUUAGAAUUCGGUUCUAUAAUUUUUUUCACUUCAAUACACUUUUAAAAGUUGGUACGAAAUUCGGUUCUGUUCGAAGUGAAUAUUCGGGCGUCGACCGAACGGUCCAUCCCUUCUACCCGUAAUAACCGUUUAUGAUCUGUCAGUCGGUCGGUCGCCUCGCCUCACAGUCGCUUGCUCGGUGUUCAUCGUUUUGUACCACAAACUACGUAGGGCUAUUUUGUACUUAACGUUGCCGUGUGUGGUCACGGCCCAACGUGUGGUAGAACAACGCGAGGUGAUAAUUUAAAAGGAUUUAGUGUGUUGUGAGGUGCAGUGUCGGUCGCCGCGACCGUUUAAUGUGGUAUUCAGUGCCGGUGUUAGGUUAUCGGUUGUCGGGCCGCGCGGCGUGAUUGGGCGGCACGAUGGUGGACAUGGAUAGGAACGAUCCGGAACUCCGGUACCUGUCGGUUGAUAGGAACAGUUUCAACGACCCUGCAACGCAAGCAGAAUGGACCCAGAAGCGAUUGGUAUGGGUGCCUCACGAGACCCAGGGUUUUGUCGCAGCAGGGAUAAAGGGGGAACGGGGAGAUGAAGUCGAGGUGGAGAUUGCUGAGUCUGGAAAGAGGAUGUUGGUACCAAUAGAUGAUAUACAAAAGAUGAAUCCACCCAAGUUUGACAAGGUCGAGGAUAUGGCAGAGCUAACAUGUUUGAAUGAGGCUUCUGUGUUGCACAACAUCAAAGACAGAUACUAUUCUGGCCUUAUUUAUCGUUGUGCUCGAGAUGAAUGUCAAGGUGAGGCGCGCCGUCGUCGCCGCCCGCCGGCCGAAACGACCGCAGCAGUCAUUGACCCUAGAGGGGUGGAGGGGGCGCCGGCCCACGCGAAUAUGUACGCUAUUGCGUCCAAACUCCACUAA